UUAUUGUUCAUGAUAAAUUGUCACACUGUAUACGUUAUUCGUUUUUGAGAGCAAAUGGCGUGAGUAAAUGAAGGACAUUCAUGGCGCAGCCAUAUUCUACCAAAGGUCAAGCAGAAAACAUCUCAUUACUUGCCAAUGGAAAUACAAUCUCAAGAGUAGGACACCAUGCUCGAUUAGCAAACAACAUCGCCCAAAGUGUGAGGCAGCAAUUUGUGAGACCUCAACCUUUGGGUGAUCUURUAGUACCUACAAGAUCAUCACAAAAUAGGAGAAGAGGGAGAGGCAGGACACAAAACUCCUCUCCCUCUAGAAGAGAGCAGCACUAUAUCUUUGAUGCGGUUGUGCUAAACCAAAAUGUAAACUCCGUCCCAAGAGGGAAUAGCAGACAAAGUCUUGCUUCUUCUGGGCUGUUGAAACAAAUGGUUCUAUAUAGAACUUAA